AUGCCCAAGAGAAAGGCUGAGGAUGAUAAAGGAGAUAAAACCAAGGUGAAGGACGAACCACAGAGAAGAUCUGCAAGGUCAUCUGCUAAACCUGCUCCUCCAAAGCCAGAGCCCAAGCCUAAAAAGGCCCCUGCAAAGAAGGGAGAGAAGGUACCCAAAGGGAAAAAGGGGAAAGCUGAUGCAGGCAAGGGUGGGAAUAACCCUGCAGAAAACGGAGAUGCCCAAACAGACCAGGCACAGAAAGCUGAGGGUGCAGGAGAUGCCAAGUGAAGUGUGUGCAUUCUUGAUGACUGUGUGCUUCUGCUGACUGUACAGUUUGAAGCACUAUUUUCUAUCAAGU